AUGGAUUCUUCUUCACAAGUUGAAUGGAGCUGUCCUCAACGUGAAGUUACUAUAAAUGAACGUCAUAGAUAUUGCACCAAUUGUGAAACAAUGUUGGCCUGGACGUGUCCUGAGUCUGAAAAAUCUGGUUUGUACUCUAACUAUUUUCGGCAUCGUCAACGACGUAAUUAUUGUGCACCAAAACUUGAACAAGAAAAACAACAGUUAAAGGGAGACAGGCAAAAUGAGAGAAUGCAAGACUUUCAAAUGCUGUAUAAUGAGCAGCGUCCGUGGUUUGAGUGGAGUCUUAGUAAUAACUCCUGUAUACAACAUACAGGACAUGACAUCGAACAAGUACGACAGUUAUAUAAUUUAUGUGAACAAUCACUAAUAGAAUAUUGUGCAAAUAGAAAACAACGAACAACAAGUACAAAUAUUCCAUAUUUGUCUCCUAUAAAUCUACUUUCUGUCACGUUAUGGUAUUUGAAGCAUUAUCAUUCUGAACGGUAUAUAGCAACUGAGUUGAGUUUUGGUCAAAAAACGGUGAAUUAUUUUUUAUCGGCAGUAAUAGAUAUUUUAUAUUCCUGUAUUUGUCCAAAACUGGUUGUAUUACCUGAUAAUAUGGAUGAUGAAACUACAAUUCAUGGACCUGAACAGUAUCACAAGUUAAUAGUUGAUUCGACUUUUAUUGCAAUUGAACAACCUGAAGAUUCUGAACAACGUAAAGCAUAUUAUCAUGAAAAAGUCCGACAAACUAUGCAUUCAAAAGAAUCAGGUUUAUUAGAACAUACAGGAGAAGACGUGCAAAUUAUUGCUGAUAAAAGAUAUAUUGGUGAACAGUAUGUUAUUACUCUAAAGAAAAAAUCUCGUACUGGUGAAUUAACAGCUGAAGAUAAAGAUUUCAAUCGAUCUAUUAGUAGCUAUCAAAAUUGGUAUAAUUUUCUGGUUUCAUACGAUGAUGCUCAAGUGACAAUUAUAUCUCGUCCGGUUGCCAAUGCUAUAUUAGAUACACAAACAGUAGGGCCUCUCGAUUACGAAACAAAUCCAGAUCAAAUGAGAAUUAUUUUUGGCUUAAAUUCAAAUCAAGUUCAUGGAUACAAAUAUCGAUUGACUAUAAUAUUUCUUGAAUUGACUGAAGACAAUUUUAAUUUUGCUCAUUUCUUUUGGUAUAAUGCUAUACAAAAAAUUAAUAUACGUGAUUUAACGCAAUCUGAAAUAGCAUAUUGGGGACAACGACAUAAACGAAGAGUGAUGGUCGGUUCAGAAGUAAAUACUUUUCUACAAUGGUUUGUUCUUAAACGACCAUGUAUACCAGUUCAAAUUUUAUCAACAAAUGGUAUAAAUGAAAGUCGAUGUCUCAAAAGUAUUCAGGUUUAUAGCAAUCGAUUAUGCCUAUGGAUUGGCCAUUAUUUACCUAUAUUUGAAUGCAUGUUGAAUGCAGAAGCUAUAAGUGAUGAAUGGCUAAAGUUCUUUAGAUUUAAAACAGAAUUAUCAAUUGAUGAUUACAUCUAUAUUGUUUAUCAAAUUUAUGUUCGAAAUCCGACGGGAAUCGAUUUCGAAGAUGAUAUGCGUAUUCAAAAUAUCUAUACUAAUCUUUUACAACUACUCUCCAAUACAAAUAUUAAUCAACAUCAAUUAUAUCGUGAAAAAUGUCAAUUGACGAAUAUAUGUUUAUUAAGUGAGUGUAAUAGUCUUUUUAUGCCGUCUGAAGAACUUAACUUCUGGUCGAUUGAUACUUUUCAAUCACCAUUUGAAUUGCAUAUAUUAAAGUUAAAUGUGAAUAAUCGUCAACAUAGAAAUUUAUCUCAUCUAUUACACCCAUUGAUUUGCUUGGCACAAAAUCCAUCUUGGACUGGAUACAUCUAUCAUUAUACACAUUUAGAAAAUGCUGUUUUAAUUUUAAGUGAUCAAACAUUAAAAUCUGGUCAUUUUUGUCAACUGAACAAUUUUAAAGAUUCAUCAGCUUAUGAUUUCAUGUCAGAAACAGAUGAUCAAGUUAAUCAUUAUGUGCGUUUUUAUUUUCGUACAGGUACAUCGACACAACUCAAUAAUGAAAAUCUUGGAUCUAAUAAAAGCAAAAAACGUAAUAAUUAUACACCAAUGUGUCCAGCAUCAGCAUUCUUUUGUAUAAAUCUACAAGCCAUACUCAACAUACCAAAUUUGAAAUGGAAAGUAAGCAUAAGUGAUAUGUCCGGUGAACGUACAGAAUAUGAUUGUACGAUGGAUAUUAUCAAACGAUUUGAUUUCUGUGGUUUAUUUAAAGAUUCAGAAAAUAAACGUUGUAAACAACUUGAAUUUUUAAUUCAAAAUCAACUUGAUUUUCGACUUUUACCAAAUGAUACUAUUAAUCUGGUUUUUCAAGAUUCUGAUGCUAAACAAAGUUUAGAAUCUAUAUUAUCUACGCAAAUCUAUAAUACUGAAACGAAAAGAAAUUAUUUUUUUGGAAAAAAUAAUCGUAUAUUUAUUAAUCAUGAUUCUCAACAAGAUCAUAUUUCUGUUAUGAUUGAUCGUGAAACACAUCAUAAAAGUGAAAUAUUUAUUGUUCAAAUUAAAUCACAUGACAAUGAACAAAGAAUUGAUUUAGCAUGUAAAGAUAAUAUUGAUACUGUAUUUCAUUAUGAUCGUAUAACAACAGUUUAUGGAAAAGAAAAACGACUUAAUUUGUUUGUUGGUAAACAACCUUAUGCAGUUUAUUAUAAAUAUGAAAAACGAUUGUGA